AUGCCGCCAAAAAAAGGACGUAAGAAAGGCAGGCCGGUGGAUGAGAAGGAAAAGAAAACACCGGUAGAAAUGGCCCAAGAAACCGCAAUGUGCGGUGUGAUCGUUCCCGGGCCUAAAUAUAAACUCAAAACGCUCGUCGGCUACAAGGGACAUUGCAUUUCGAAGUUCCGAAAUCCAGCCUACACGUUGGGCGAAUAUAUGAUGCAAAGAUAUGAGACAAUCAGCCCAGGACCCAAAUAUAAGUUCAAAGAACGCAGACGCCCAGGGUAUACCUUCGGAAUGGCUGCUGUACGAGACGAUACCACUAUUGGACCCGGCCCGAAAUACAAAUUUCCCCGUGACCGUGGUAUUGCCUUCUUGAUGAAAUGGAGGACCAAGCAGAGGAAAGUUAGCGAGACACCAGGACCUUAUACAGUCAAGCACACCAUCGACUCACCCGCCUAUACCAUGGGAUUGUUCACUCCAGCAUGGAAAUACAAAGCUGGCGCGGGUCCGUAUACGCCGGAUAAUAUCAACGUGACAAAACCGAAGGCUCCGAUACCCAGCAUAGCACUCCGAUAUGAGUAUCCACCCCUUCCCCGAAGUCCAGGCCCGAUAUACAACUUCAAGCUGCCGAGGCUGACUCCUGCUUUCUCAUUUGGAACGAAGCACAGCCCAUGUGCGCCGCCUUAUAUAACCGAGUGCGAUGAUCGGUGCUAAAACCGGGUGGAGAAACAGGAUAUU